UAUUCUUGUGGAAAUAAACUAGUUUGGCCUGAUUACGAUUGUAUACUUCACGAAAUAUUGCAAGAAAUAAAGAUGGCAGUGGAUGGACACUUUGAUAAACCACUUUUCAUCAAUAUAGAAGAGCUUUUACGUGUACAGUGCAUCCAAACAUCGGAUGAACUUGAUGAAUUCUACAUUAGUGAAGAGAACAUUGAUAAUAGGCUGAUGGAGAUCCUUUCCUACUCGAGGUUUGAUCAGCGCAGAAACACCAGAGUAGGUGUUGUAGAUUUCUGGAAAUCUGUAGAUCUGCUUGGAUUGCAGUACAAGUAUGUUCCUGAUGGUGUAUUGAUUUACAAUAGGCCAAGUUUCCAGGAUCAUUUCUAUGAACCAGUGUGGUUAGGUGAUUAUGAGGAUCUGAUCACCUUUGAAAAUCUGUAUGCCUCUAGCAUGGAGAGAGAGUAUUUACCCACGGAUGUUGUUGUUGUUGAAGCCUCAGACCAAGCACAGGAUUGGAUCAGUCUGGAAAUGGUGAAGCCCCAUGUCAGGGUCAUGAAGGAGAAGCUGAAUUUCACAGAUAGACAGAUCAUACUUGGUCUGCAAAGUCUUCAUGAAAGAGGGGUAGGCAUCACAUUCAAGAGUCUGCUGAACACAUUGGUGCCUGCAGAGGAUGCCAUAUUGAAUAUGUAUGUAGGAACAGGAAAGUUUGCAUUCUCUGCAGAUGUCAAACUCUGUCUCCGCUAUUGUCAUGCUGCCUAUCCUGGAGAACCGACCCAGGAACAGUUUGAACUGCAGUGGAACAGAAUCAAAGAACACUUAACAGAACAAGUUGAAAUAGAGAGGACCAGAGCUAACAGGACAGAGCAGGAGAAGAGGAGGGCAGAGCAGGAGAAACAGGAUGCUCUAAAUAGGGAGGCUUUACUAGAGCAGGAGAAGAAGAAGGCAGAGCAGGAGAAGAGUAGGGCAGAGCAGGAGAAACAGGAUGCUCUAAAUAGGGAGGCUUUACUAGAGCAGGAGAAGAAGAAGGCAGAGCAGGAGAAGAGUAGGGCAGAGCAGGAGAAGAAGAAGGCAGAGCAGGAGAAGAGUAGGGCAGAGCAGGAGAAGAGUAGGGCAGAGCAGGAGAAGAGUAGGGCAGAGCAGGAGAAGAAGAAGGCAGAGCAGGAGAAGAGUAGGGCAGAGCAGGAGAAGAGUAGGGCAGAGCAGGAGAAGAGUAGGGCAGAGCAGGAGAAGAGGAAGGCAGAGCAGGAGAAACAGUAUGCUCUAAAUAGGUAGGCUUUACUAGAGCAGGAGAAGAGUAGGGCAGAGCAGGAGAAGAGUAGGGCAGAGCAGGAGAAGAGUAGGGCAGAGCAGGAGAAGAGUAGGGCAGAGCAGGAGAAGAGUAGGGCAGAGCAGGAGAAGAGUAGGGCAGAGCAGGAGAAGAAGAGGGCAGAGCAGGAGAAGAGGAAGGCAGAGCAGGAGAAACAGGAUGCUCUAAAUAGGGAGGCUUUACUAGAGCAGGAGAAGAAGAGGGCAGAGCAGGAGAAGAGUAGGGCAGAGCAGGAGAAGAGUAGGGCAGAGCAGGAGAAGAGUAGGGCAGAGCAGGAGAAGAAGAGGGCAGAGCAGGAGAAGAGGAAGGCAGAGCAGGAGAAGAGGAAGGCAGAGCAGGAGAAACAGGAUGCUCUAAAUAGGGAGGCUUUACUAGAGCAGGAGAAGAAGAGGGCAGAGCAGGAGAAGAAGAGGGCAGAGCAGGAGAAGAGGAAGGCAGAGCAGGAGAAACAGGAUGCUCUAAAUAGGGAGGCUUUACUAGAGCAGGAGAAGAAGAAGGCAGAGCAGGAGAAGAAGAAGGCAGAGCAGGAGAAGAAGAGGGCAGAGCAGGAGAAGAAGAGGGCAGAGCAGGAGAAGAGAAGGGCAGAGCAGGAGAAGAAGAGGGCAGAGCAGGAGAAACUGGAGGCCAUGAGGAAUUACAAUACUGCCAUUGCAGUUAGGAAUGAGGCUGUUGAUGAAACGAUACAAGCACUCAACAGGGAGGAAUUACUUAAGAAGGAGAAAGAGGAACAGAAGGCCAGAGCUGAAAAGUUAGAGAAUGAACUUGCAAAGAUGGCAGCACUUUUUGCAGAGAAGGAGCAGCAACUAUUAUUACAGAUUCAGCAGAUGGCUGGGUGUAUGCGGGCGUGAUACCUUGUUGUCACUUUGGAAUGAAAGCUAUUUCCUCAGUAUCAGGGUUGACUUCAGUGUAAUGCUUAGGUGAACAGUGUACUGGAGGAGGUAGGAGAGAGAGAAGAAAGAAUUACGGGAGAAAAUGUGCUCAUCAAUUCAUUGGUUAUAAAUGUGAUAUGAAUGUUUAAACUUGUAUGUCUGUGAUUCUCAUUAUUAUUACAAUAUGCAUUAUUCACUUUUACAGUGUGUAAGUUUUUCAUCUUCAUAACAGUGAAGAUUUAGAUUAAUGACAUCUGUUUGUAUUUGAAAUGUUUUUACUUGGUAAUGAAAUGCUGGU